AUGUAUAACAUUACCGAUGGUUUCUUGGAGGAUGUAGAAGGUGCCGCGCACACUGUUGUCUACAAUGGUGGGAAAACUAUUGAAGUGCCUCAGUUAGGAUAUGCGCUGGUUUUUGAUGGAAAAGACGACUGGGUGGAUACAGGUAAAUAUAUUAAGUGUCUUGUUGUCUUCUGCCAUUUGAGCUUAGAAAAGUAGGCUUUUACCGACUUAACCAGGCUUCACAUGUUUUUCAUUUCCUAAGUUUCUAAUUUAUUCAGUAUAGAAAACUUGAGCACUUAGUUGUAGCCAAAACCACUAUAGUAGUUUUUUCCAGGAUUUUAUGAGCUAUGCUUUCACGAAAUUCUUGUCAAGCAAGUAUAAACAUCAUUGUCCUUCUCAAAUGCGCGACAACCCUAUUUCAUUAAUCCAGUUACGACGAGAUCAGUUUCCUUUUAAAGUUUGCAGAAAAGUGAACUUUUCAUCAACAUCAAACUCACCUGAUUUCGAGUUCAGACGCCCAAAAUUUGUUUGCACUUAUACAUUUUGCACAUAUUGACAGAAAUCAUAAAAACAUGUUAUCCUAGACAAAAGAAAAGGGGAUAUUGCUGAUAAAUGUCGUGUUAUAUAUUAAUUUUUUUAUGGAGUAAUAUAAAGAUAUAUUUUGUUGACAAUUGACAACUCUCCUCUAGGGAGGAGUCGGCACUGCAGUUCGGUCCCCGCCGACAAGUUUGGUUGUAAGUACGGUCUCUCUUCCAACACCACCUCUCCACAACUCACGUUAGGGACACUGUCAUCUAUUCUUUGGCGAUUUCGAAAAUGCCAACUUUAUACCAGAGGGUUGAGGAAAUUUUAAAUAGCGAAGGGUUCCCUUUGACAGUGGCAAUUAAAGCUAAAAUGUCAUAUUCAAAAAAAUUAAAUUAUAAUAAAAUGAAAUCUUAUAUUUGACGAAUUUGGCGAACGUUCGUCAAAUUCUUAGGAAAAAUUCAAAUGAGAAGGUAAAGGGGCCCUUUGAAAGUGGCGAUUUUGACGAAAACGGCGAAAAUGUUUAAAUCUUGCCAAACUUUGGCGUAUGUUCCUAUGACUUGGCAAAGAGUUCCAUUUUAGAGAGGCGAUUUGGGCAAAAAUGGCGAACAUGGCGAACAUUCUCCAAACUCUUAGGAUUCAGAGGGGGGCACUUAAAUUUGCUUGGAAAAUGAAGACAUUGGUGGGGGGGGGAUCACUUCAGUGAAAUAACAUUCAAAGGGGGGGAUCGGCUAAAUUUCACCCUGUCUAGGCCCAAAUCCUCCGCUCCCCCCCCCCCCCCCCCUCGGGCGAAAAAAAAAACCCGGUCCUUUGGGGCGCCUUUAAAACCCCGGGGUGGGAAAAGGGGGUUUGUAAAAUUUUUGGGGGGGGGGGGGGAAAAAAGGGGACUUAGGAUCAUGGGUUAAGUGGGGAGAGAGAGGGAAAGGGGGCCUUUUUAAAGACCAGCACGGAGGGGUGAGGGGGGAAAAAGAGGGUGUGGCGGAGGAUCCUCGCUAGACUGUGGGGGUGGGCAGGGGGCGUGCUAAGCGGGCGUGAGGGAGGACACAGGGGGGGGGGGGGGGACCACUGCGGUGAAAUAACCUGCAAAGGGGGUGAUCGGCUAAAUUUCACCCUGUCUAGGCCCAAAUCCUCCGCCCCCCCCCCCCCCCGCCUUCGGCGAUAAAUAAUGACCGGUACCUUAGGACGACUGUAAAACCCUGGAGUUGGAAACGAUGGUUAUGUAAAUUUCUGGGGGGAGGGAGGGAAACAAGGUGCAUUAUGAUCUAUGUGUAAGUAGUGAAUGAGAUGGCAACGGGGCCCUUUUAAAGUGGCGAUUUUGACGACAAUGGUGAACUCUUUUUAAAGUUUGGCGAAUGUUGCUAUAACGUGGCAAAGGGUCCCCUUUGAGAGUGGCGAUUUUGACGAAUAUAGCGAAGAAACCCUUUGCCACCUCAUAAGAAUAUUCGCCAAACUUUGGCAAAUUUUCUUGUUUUUCGCCAUUUUCGCCAUAGCGUGGAUUUCUGUACAUAUUUCAACUUUUUUCAGAACGCCACGACAGCUCUUCAUUAAGAGCACUUUAUAUGUUUAUCUGAAAAAUAAUAAUACUCCUAGCUCUUUCAAUUUACUGUAAUAAGGUAAACGCAUGAACUGAUAUCAAAGAGUGCCUUAUUACAGGACACGCGAUAAAUGAAUGUUCUGAUUCCGUCAGAGCCAAUCAGAAAGCCGUUAAGGAUGUGAAACUGAGUAGUUAUUUAAAACAAGUUCAAGUGUGACGCAUAAAAGAACAAACAAUUCAUGCCCGUCAAAGGCUUCAGGUUUCAUAUUUACAUGGUUUUCCUGAUCUUCGAUGAAUCUGUUUAAAUUUUCCUUUUUUCCCUUAAGUACAAACUGGAGUAAAUUUUCUCAUGUUCUUUAUUUGAUUGAAGAAACGAAAAUCCUUUAAAAGCAGGUAAAAGUAGGUUCAGUGUAAGGCUUAGUUUGCUAACUAAGAGAAGAAGCGCUAGCCCUGAUUUUUGUCAAGUCUAUAUUUGUUUGCAGAUGAAAGUAGUUCCCAGGAAAGUCACUUUAAAACGUGAUUUUUUUAAUUGAUCUAUCUGACAGGGCUAUUUUGAGUCUUCCUGGAGGCGGGGGAGGGGGGGUGGGGAGGGAGAAGGAGAUGAAGAUUAAGGAAAUUAGGGUUAGCCAGGUUAACGGCAGCCAAACCUUACACAUGAUGACAGUGUUCCUUUAUCACAAGCACCUUUUUGUCAAACUUUUUUUUCCCCACACUUUGAUUAUUUCAACCUCACCAGGAUCUAACUCUUUUGAGUACUUUUCCAUCGCCUGUAGGUCAUGUAUUUAGUAAAAAUCAUUUUAUUUUCAAGUUUUCUAUUUGUCUUUGAUUUGCGUUUGAUUUGUCUGGCUUUAAACUAGAGAGACUUGGCAAAGCUGACAGCUAGUGAUGUUUACUUUUAGUGUCUUCAGUGGCAAAGAAUCUUAUUUCUCCUUAUAUGAUAAUGCCUGGUAAUAAGUCUAAGUUUAAACAAAUUCGUCCUACAAUAGCAUCAUUACCAGAGGAUAUUGAAUAGCGGAGAAUAGUGUGGAGAAUAUGCAUGUUGAUAUCGUAGGUUCAAGGCCCAGUAUAUCAGCUACUUUCUGCCGCGUUGUUUUGAGUUUCAGAUAUUGAAAUUGAUGAAAAAUAGUCCAGUUAAAUUAGUCAACAAGUGCGAUUCAAGAAACCAAACGAUUGUUAAACUACCCUGUGGAAACAACAAAAACAUAGCUUACUUUAAGUUACAUCCGUCUAAUCUAUUCCUAAAGUAGUUAUAUUUUUUCAUAGCUUUAGUCAUCCCAGUCCUCUUGCCAAUAAUUGGUGUAGUAAGUAAGUUCCAAGGACUCUUGGCUAUAAUGCUCUUUUUUUUUACACAAGUCUAUUUAUUUUUUGUUAUUCAAAUCUCAUUGUAAUCACAAUCGACAGACGCGUUUAGAAUGCAGUGCUCCGCUGUCUGAACUCUUCAACGCUGUUACGUUUUGUUUGGCAAAUUAGUCGUCCCUCACUCCCCACCCCUGUACAGACACCCGUCUUUAUGAUUUCUUAACUUCUUCUUAUCAUGUUUGAAGGUGGUUUUAAUGCGGAUUGCGUGACGGAUCCCUCAACUUGCCAAGAGGGUUUUACUUUGACUUUCUGGCUGAAGGUAUACAGCACAGGGUUCAUUAUAUCUUCGGGAUCAUUCACAAACCACAGGAACGGCCCUGGAUUCCAGCUUUAUUACCACCAAAGCCUGAAACGUUUCCAAUUUUUACUUGAAACACGAAAUAAAAGAUGGACGUUGUUAAUCCAUCAGGAUGUUGGUUAUUGGACACACAUGGCGUUCACGUGGCACAACCAGAACGGACUGAAGUACUACGAAGAUGGUAAUCUCAGCACGUUUACCGACCGACCAGUGUUACUGUCUCCGCUACGCCUACAAAAUUAUACGCCAGUUAUCACAUUAGCUCGACCGAGCACCCUAAGGAGGUUCAAAGAAUUUGGAAAAUUUGAGAUUUCGCAGUUAGCGAUUUGGCUCAAAGACCUGUCGGCAGACGAUAUCGCAGGAGUCUACUCCAGUGGAGUGAUAUUUUUUCAGGACACCAUUCUUUGCUGUUACUUCAAGGGAGGUACUACAGUAUAAGAGGAGGAUAUCUCUCUAGUGUAACGCUAAACUAUAAACUAUAACGUACCUAUAUAGCUUACUACUUGGAGUACCUUAGUUCGAGUGACAAACGCCAUCACCUAUUCCAACUCUUUGCUUCAGGGCGUAUUCUAGAGCAUUGCUCUGCUCAGUCCAAAUGUAAUCAGUGUAGCAUCUAUUAAGUCCCUUGGAAAGAACGCAUUUAUUAAGGUCCUUUUACAAGUGAAUUUAUUCCUCGGUUACAAAGUCUGCUGCAAAUAUUGGGCCAAAACACCGCCGUUUUAAGAUAAAACAUUGCUAUUAUUGCCAGACAGACAUUUUUCAUAAACCUUCGUUCCUAGAUUAAAAUUUAUAUAGUAUAGUUGAUGAAUUUUGCUUACUUUCAGUGAACCCUUGUCUCACAAAUCCAUGCCAUGAUGGUGAUGCGUGCGGAAAACUAAGUAAAUCCAGUGAAAAGAAGUGCAUCUGUCCAAAUGUCAACUUAAGAAUGAAAACAUGCACAGGUAAAUAGCUGCAAUAUUCCAUGUACCAUGCAGAAUCUACAAAUUACAAACUGGCCUCAAAUAUGCAUGACCCUCACCGAAACAAUAUUUUUAUAUCUCACUCUCCCACUGACGCAACACCACAGUUUGCUUAGAGACUAACUUGGUCUCGUGAUGUAAUUCCAAAUCUUUCUAUUGAUUUGCUGGAUUUUUAUUGAAAGUGACCCAGUUCAUAAAAUGCUCUGGAGAGUGGUAAUAAUGAUAGUAAUAACCAUGACGUCUUUUCUUUCUGACGGUACUACCGUCAUAAUACCCUCAUCAUACUAACCACAGAAACGAUGACAAUAGAGUAGAGGGCUAUGUAUAGGAUGAUUGUUUUAAUGUUGAUAAUGCUGCUUCUCACGGCUAAUGAUGAUUGUGAUACCCGUUAUAAUACAAUUAGACUUUUACUUAUUGAUUUUUACAGAGAACAUAACUGGUGUUUGCGAAGACAAAAGUACAGGCUGCAGGGGUUUUGCUGAGCAGUCUUAUUACUGCAAACACAGAAAAAUGCGUGAAAUAUGCCCAAGGUCUUGCUCCUACUGUGGUGAGUAUUAGUGUGUUUGACAGUAACAAUGAGUUGACAAAGUUUAGUGUUCGCGAAACGCUUAACAUUUUCUACAAUCAGUUUCGUGAUGUGUGGUGAGUACAAAUAAUCAGACCGCCGUCUUUCUCUUCAUUUUGAGACUAUUAACCCUGAAGUUCAAAAACAUUUCUGUCGUUCUCAACUCAAACUUUUAUUUAAUUUAAAAAAAAAAACAAAAAAAACAAGCGAGCUCUACCUACAAGGUGUCGGUAACUUGAAACAUCGGAUUCAAGAAGGGUUGUCGGUAUACAGCGUAAAGUAAAGUGUGCGCGAAGAAUUUCCAAAGCUUAUGUUCCGUGAAAAGGCUACCACUACUAACCAAAACGUUCAUUAUUAACAGUAAAUGAAAAAAGGUGCAUUGAAGAUCGAGGGUCAAGGUUUUUUACGGUUCGGUCUAAACAUCCUGAAUAAGUAAAUCUGGCAAAUUUAAUGAGAUUCAUUAGCUGUAUCCAAGCCUUCCAUUUUUGUUUUCUCAAAUCUGACAGCAUUCUCGUCCCCAGAGCCACUCGGCUUAAUUUGUAACCAACCACGUGACCAAGAAACGACGGGCUCUGGGGACGAGAAUGAUCCGACAGCUGAAAUUGAAUGUGAAGAUGACGCAUGCGCAGCCGGGUCAUCAAAACGUCACUCGCUGUAAGAAAAAAGACUACAUUUACCUGGGUGAUCAUAUUUCACCUACUGCACAAAAAAGAAGUGUCUGAGCUUUGCGAUUUAUAUCUAUUAUCUGUCCCUAUUACCCAGGAGCUUCACGUCCUUCUACAACUCUAAAACCAACCUUAAGUACCGGUUCUACAUUGAUGUCCCGGAUUGCCAGAGGAUCUAGAGAUCCAGUCACGCCUGCUCCAUCCAGUUCGCCCUCCCAAAGCAAAAAAAAUAGCCCAACGACACCUUCAAAGCGGAGAUUACCUAGAGGUAAGCAUGAUUUGAUUGCCAACUUGAGGUUUUUCAUUAUAUGACGGACCUCCUUUUAGAGUAAAAGAGGACACUAAAAAGAAGCUUACAUAGACCUACUUUAUAUUAAAGAUCCGUAAAUUAAACUUGGUUUUUAUCCAUGAUGGACUGCAGGCAGUGCAUGCUCAACAAAUCAGAGCAGCCAUUCCAACUCAAACUACUGUACCUUUAAAAUUAAUAGUAGUUUUUUCUCUGACAGGUCAGUCAUGCAAGGACCUACAAUGCCCUCCCUACGCAAAAUGCUUCCAAACAAGUAGGGAAGGUGCGGAAUGUAGAUGUCAAUUCUCAUGUAGUAAGGAGGAAAGGAAUCUCAUCUGCGGAACCGACGAUAAAACGUAUCUUAACCAUUGUGUCUUAAAAAUGGAAGCUUGUCGACUGGGGAAAUCGAUCAGGAUUAAAUCAAAGGGAGGCAUGUGCAGUAAGUGAUCGUAAUUGUCGUCACUGUGGCGGUAAAAUGGAACUUUAAGCUUGGAGAGUUUCCAUUAAGUUAACUCAUUCUUAAGUUGUGGCGAUAGCGGUAUGAACACUUGUUACUGUUUUUAUGUAAAGGGAAAGGAACAUCAAAUAGUAUGCUAGUGGUGCGCCAUAAGCCCUGGCCAAGGAUUAGCGUUAGGCAAUGGCGAAGUGACAAUACUUUUGUGUUAGUCUCCAGUCUCCAGUGGUUGAUCCAGACCUUCAGAUAAGGGGGGGGGGGGGGGGGGGGGGGGGGGGUAAUUGUUUACAAGAAGAGAAGAGAGGGAAACAAAUGGGUGGCGGGGGGGGGGGGAGAUGGCGGGGGGGGUGUAGGGGUGUGGAGUACUGGGGGGGUAUGUUUGUUUGUUGGGGCUGGCGGGGGGGCGGGGGGGGGGGGCCGGGGGGGGGGGGGGGGGGGGGGGGGGGGGGGGGGGCGGUUAUCCAGACCCUGAGAUAAGAAAGGGCCCCGGCCUCAAAAAAAAUUUUUUUCGGCCCUUCCUUAUUGUGGUCUAAAAAUAAGGAGGGAGACAGCCCCCCCCGGGCCCCUCCCCUGGAUCCGCCACUGGUCUCGAUAAUACUUUUGCACCUGUUGACUUAAUCAACAGAUCUCAGUCGAUCUCAGGUUGAUCCUGUUCAGUCUCUCUACUCAUAUUAACAAACAAUCCAUUACAAAGAGAAACAACAUGAGCCACACCCUCAUCUGAAGGCAACUCUUUAGUUGUCUUCUGUUGCCUCUACUUACCCCCCUCCCCCCCAAAAAACGACAAAGUAACAAUGGACAUUAGAAAGGAGAGUUGUACAGACUGACGGUUUAUGUAGAACAAAAUUAACAACAUCAUACGACCAAAUCAGUUACUAGGUCGCUAAUUUUUAAUUCCAAGUAAGAGGAAAUUAAAUUGCAAAAAACAUAUUUAGUUGUUAGUUCGGUGACAAGGUGAAGAUGUUCUUAACUUAAUGUAAAAUGGCAUGCCCGUUUAAAAUGAUUCUCCUUGUGUUGAGGUCAGAAUUAUUUAACGCAUUAACUCUUCUUCUAAGUCUCGUAGAAAUGUAAAUUAUUAAACUCCACGCAAGUGUCAUCUCUUGUGAGGAAACGGGCUUUUUUCCCAGUGUUUACACGGAUCAUCUUUCUAGAAAAAUAUGUUUUGAAUCAUGAAACAAAGCAAAACGAACACAAACAAAAACGUUUCCGACGUAAAUUUUUUUCUCAGAGCCACUGUAUAGCAGUAGUUUACAUUUUAGCUCAAAAAGGAACUUAAGGUUGAACUGAUCUAAAGUGACUCGGAUUCAGACCCUUUGGGCUUUCAUACUAGGUUUCGGUCAUUAUAGUUAACAGGCUGAGUCGACCAUGUUUAAUUUAAUCCAAAAUAUCUAGGCUAGUACUUAUUUUUAACACUGUUAGGUUCAUAAAUUUUGUAUCAGGUUUAGACAAAGUGAUCUUGAUUUAUUAUUAUUCCUUUUCAAAUAAACUUUUUUUCAUAUCAAUAACAGAGUAAGUCGUAAGAAGUCAAAGGGAAUAAGAUGAAGGAUUCAGUCAUUGGAAAUCACUUUCAAAAUAAAAUGUAGUCAAAUUCAUAAGAAAAUUCAUAUCGUCCGUUUUCGUGUUCUUAACUGCAAUUAUUCUUGCACGCGCUGUCGUAAUUAGGUUUUCAUUAAACAUGCACUAUUCUUUGUGUUUACAUACAAACAAUUAUUUCAUUUAAGAACACGCCGCUAGCACUUGUUCCUAUAAAAAGAAAAAAGUGUCUCAACACACCAGUGUUCUUAUUAUGUUUUGUUAUUGUUUCACUUAAAAACACAGUAGGAAAUCUUGGAGACUGCAGUUCACGUGAAUAUUUUUUCAGUAAAAUCAAAAUAAUACGUUUGGGAUUUGAGCCGAAUCAUACAUUCGUGUUUUUUAUUUGCGCACUUUAUAUUUUAGUUCAAUUAUGCUAAUAAAAAUGCAGUGACUUUCUUUAUUGUAGAUUGGAAUAGCUCAAAUACCUUUUAUUACUGUCAAAGAUCCCAUUCGUUGCCACAUUAUUUUAACGUCUCUCAGCCACUACUGGCAAAGCGUUAAAAACCCAUCUAUUUACAUUAUUUUUGGUAAUAACAUAAGGAUGAACUUAGAUUUCCAAAUAUUUGAUGAAAUUUAGGGUACUAGUCAGUGUAAUGUCCUGCAGAGACCAGGUGUGUAUAGAGUCUGCAAAACUGUGGUCUGAAGAUGAGUGGGCAAGGAUAAUUUUCUUCUGAAAAAAGAAAAGAAAACGUAUGAGAGUUUCAGUAAAGGGAGGGGGGGAAGACUCUAGCCUGCUUUUCAAUUAUUAUAAGAAGAGCUACUUACUCCCGAGGUAAAAGUGCAAAAACCGUUCAUUAGCGAAAAAGUAACAAAACAUUUUGAAAGUUUAUUUAUUGGUCGAGCUCAACCAAGAGAUAAAUCUAUAAUCCUUUCCUUUGCCAGUUAUAAAAACAUUUGCGAUGUUGCGGUUGUCUCAGGUUAAAUUUAUAUCCUUUUAGCCCUGCUCAGCUAAAUGUGUUUGUAAUCUGCUUCAUUAACAUGUAAGUGGAUAAAAAGAUUGUAGUUUGCCUGUUGUAUUUCAGAAUGCUCUUUGUUUCAAGUUGCUUCGUUGCCUUACUGUAAUGCACAAUUGUAGUAAAAGUAAAACAACACCAUAACGUCAGCAUCUAGCAAAAAGCGGAGUUUGUAGCAAAGAUUUAAACCGAGUGGGAGGAUCGAAUUGAAAACUGCUUUCACGAGAUAAUUACACUGAUAACUUUCACUAGUGAACAGAACGUUAUAAAUAUUUUAAUAUGGUAAAAUUGUAGACACAAAUUCAUAACGAAAUUGUUUGUUUCUUUAGAUGGCUGUCAUAGUACUCCCCGUGCUUAAAGCGAUUGCAAUUAGAGACUAUUUGCGCAGAUUUUGGGCGGUUGGAUCUUUCCAGAUUGCUGCGACGAAAAAUGUUUCUGUGUGGUAUCAUUUGCAAAAUAAAAGACAGCUCAGAAAAAUUACUUCCUCUUUCAGCCUUUUUACUCGAGAACGAGUCAGUCAGAAAGUUUGAUUCGUAAUCUGAUAGGAACAAAAGCGAUGCAUAGAAAAAAUUCACGAAAGUUAAUCCAAAUUUACAGCAAAACACGAAAGUGAUUUUUUUAUGGGCUUUCAAUAAUCUCUUCUUGAGUUUCCGAAGUUUGUUAAUUAGCAUUUUGAACAGCAAUCGUAGCUGAUCAAAAAUGAAUAAAUUAUGAGUUUGAACCUUUAUUGAUGAAAGCGUCAAAUACAAACUGCUGCAGCUCAGUAUGACAUUAAGCCAUUCUUCAUUCUCGAGCAAACGAGACCGGCGCGCGUUCACUAUUUGUUGUUAUGAGGAAAAAAAGGAAAUGAGAUCGCAAGAUGCUAAACUAAAUCGACACCAAAGAUGAAAUAUUCGCGGCCAGCAUAAGUGUAAUUAGUUUGCGGUGUUCAUCCCCGUUGGCUCAAUUUAUCGACAAAUGAACUUAACUCUGUGCUUGCUACUGCUGGGCAUCCUUCUGUUUUCUUGUACUUGUAUUUCAAGAGUACGAACAAACCGCCUAAAACGAAAACACAGGAAACAAGCCUUUAACAGAUUCCAAGGUGAGAAAAUAUUUCUUUUGGCAAGUAAGAACUAUAAUAUGUGAAAUUUCUUCUUCGCUCUCAAACUUCUUUGCAUGGCGAGUCCUAUGAUAUGCUAAACCAUUUUUCAUAUCCAGCACCAGUUCACACUUGUAAAAGUGGAGACUCUCAGUACGGGCACGAAAACCCAGGGACAAUAUUCUUACCUGCGCAAUCAAACUUGAUGAUGACCUAAAACUGAGAAACUGCGACGACGACGAUAAAAACGUCUACUGUUUUUGCAAUACAGUUGCGUCUUAUUUUGACUAUUUCGAUCUUUCAUCAUGUCUAAAAUAUCUCGAAUUUUAAAUUAGAUUUAACUCGCAAUCGGCGAGCCGCCAAAAGACAAUUUCGUCUUGAUGAUUAGAAUACAUUAACAGAAAAACUGUUUUGUUAUUGCUUGGGUCCAAAUGUCUGACAUUUUCAGCCAUAAUCGUUCAAGAUAUGUUUUGUCUUUACGACAAGCCUCUUUUCAGUUAUCUGACAAGCAACACCUGAAAUUUCUUUUCUUUUUCCGACGGAAAGUAACUCUUUUAUUCAGUAAAGAAGCUUGGCUCAUUAUUUCGUCUCAAAAAGGAUUCACAUGUGGUAAAUUUGUUCAUGCUGUGAAUGUUGACAUUGUCCUUCUUUGUAACUAUCUGGCCUUGUUUACUUCAUAAAAUAUAACUUCAAUGAAACAAAUAACUCAACAAGUCUCCAAGAACUCUAGUUUUCGUUUGGUCGUAUUAUUGCCUUUGUAGGCGCGUUCCAGCUUAAAUUAACUCCGCGACAAAUUCUAUAGGUCUCAGUGUCAAUCAAAAACAAAGAAACGUGGCUUUUUUUGCCAGUUAUACAAAAACUGAAAUAACAGCUGAAAUAGAGCUUACUGAGCUUAACGUCUGCUCUAAUUAAUGUUUUCUCGUAUCAUGAUUCAUAUUUCAUGUGAGGAGCGUCGAAACAUAAUAAUCUACAAUUAAACCAAUAUAAAUAUACUUUAAGAAUACAGGAGGUGUAAAUAUACUGAAAUGAAAAGAAAUCGGAAACUCUGUUUUUACGAUUCCACUGUAGGCCUCUCUUCAUGGAAAGGUUUUAAUCUAAUAUUUGAUAACUUCUUCACCAAAGAUUUUUUAUUAAACUUUUCUUAAUUUAAAACCGAAAUAGAUUUCUUAGAUCAAACACAUGCAGCCUGUGAUAUAACUUCUUUUUUUUUAAUCCUGACAUCUCUUUUUUUGUGUGAAAUGUUUCCGCGUGGAAAAUAAAUUUUGUCCCAACAAGAAAUUAUUACGCUUAAUUGAAAUUUAUUGCCCGAUUAGGCCCCUUCCACACGUAUCUGGAAUUUUUUUGAAAACGGACAUUUUUUUCCUCCGUUUCCGCAGAAGUGCGAGUCCACACGUAGAGUAUUCGCAGUCGUUUUCGCCCGUCCACACGAAAACGCUGAGACGAUGGAAAUACUUAAGGAAAUACUAUAGGAUCCUUAACAGAGCAUGCGUAACCUCCGUUUUCGUCUGUCCAUUCGUAAACGAAAAGCUGCCGGUUUUAAAAAGUCUCCACUCUGGAAUGCGUUUUUGAAAAGAUGCGUUUUUGGUGAUCGUUUUUACCAGAUACUGUGCUCAAAUACCCACGGCAUUGUCCCAAUAUUGUCGCGACAUCUGAUUGGAACUGAAGUUGUGUUGAUUACCACCUCUAGCUGUCAAUAUCAUUCUGGUAUGGACUAAUAUGAUUGUUUAUUCUCAAGUGUUGAGAAUGACUCUGUCGGCAUGGUCUCAACAUCCUCUCAACAGGUUUUUUGUGAAUGUUGGCAGAGUAUUGUGACUGAUUGUAUCUUUCCGUAGUUGGGACUGUUUAGUUCCCGAAAGGAUAGUGAGGUGCUAAUAGCAUUUCCAAGUCCAAAUAUUUUCCAAAUCUCACUUCCCAGGGUCAAAGCCCCCCUUCCAAAAGCAAAGCGGCCUGAGACGUAUUAGACAUUAACGCGGGGACCGCUCACACAACGCCGGAAUGAAAAUUCUUCGGGUACAUUACCCCUCUCAAUCACGAAAGGGCCGCAGUAACCUUAAUCGUCAAUCACGCGUUCUCAUGUGUUGGGCAACAAGUUUAUUGAGUCAGAUUCGACAACAAUUUACACUGAGUAGUGAAUGACAUGAGAGGGAGGGCUGGGUAACGGACUUGCCCUUCGAACUGAGCUUAUGACUGAUCAAUAUGCAGCGAGCCCUCAGAUAAGCUUUGCAUGACGUCACAUAUGAUCGACGCGUAACUUGUAACCACACCGAAACAAAAGCGAUUUCUUAGUGUAAGGUGAAGUAACAUGUUUAAAAAAUGUUGGUUUCAAAUCAAAGUGCACAUUGAUUCACUCAGACUGUCUUCUAACGCUAUUUUCCUGGUGUUGCGGACAGGUGCAAUCACCAGUUGACGUAUACAAAAGACUGAAACGACACUGCGGGGUCAUUCAACAAUACCCAUCGCCCCCCCCAACCCCCCCCAGGCCGCGGCCCAUCCAAACUCCAACCAUAUACCCCAAAACCGACACCACACUCCCCUAUUCAACAACGAACACAACAUACUAUGACCGGUGAUGAACAGUCAAAAUGUUUGAAAAAUUUUUGGUUCAAAACCAAGUGCCCAUUUAUUCACCCCGACCUUCUUCUAAACCUUUUUUCCCGGGUUUGCGGACAGGGGCAACCCCCCGUUGGCGUAAAAAAAAGACCUAAAGGCCACCGCGGGGUCACCGAACAAAACCCACCCCCCCCCCCCCCCCCCCCCCCCACGACAUCACAAAAGUGAACCAACAAUGGUUUCCACAAUACCAAGAAACCCUCCUUUUAACUUACAAUUGACUUGCUUCGUUCUUAGGCGUGCUGUUCAGUAAAGCCACCCACUACCUUCCCUUGAACUUUACUAGAGAGGAUAAGACAAAAUUAGUUGACAUGCGGGGCAACGCAACCGGAAUGGUCUUCAAUACGAUCAAUGCAUCGACCGCUGAACAAAUAGGACAAGUAUUGAGACUUAACGGAAUAGAUAACUAUAUUGAAUUGAAUAACCUGAAAGAUGAAUGCAUUACUAAUCCAAGCAAAUGUACAGAGGGAUUGUCAGUGGCAUUCUGGAUAAAAUAUACUGAAGGUAAGUAAAAGUGUUAAAGAUACUAUAGCAAUGUCGGGUCCUAGCAUUUGACCACUCUUGUACCGAUCAACAGGAGAGAAGUUUCGCCGGUGCGAGAGCGCAUCCUCGAAAAGAAUAUUACCGUGGGUGUAGUGAUUGCGUGACUUUAUCCGUCCUUGCUAAAGAUCUUCUUCUCCAGCAAAAAAUAUCUGGCGUUGUUAUAAGUAAGUGAUGGUUUCAAGGGCCACCUUUUGACACAUCCUAGCUCUUCAGCCCUUACAUCUAGAGUGUAAUGAAAUGGUUGAUUUAACUCUCCCCUUCAGAAUUGGACUAAGACGUUCAAACUUGCAGUCCGCCUUUUAAUCUCUUAAAAUCCGUCCAGUUCUUAUCUUAUCCAGCGCGAUGGCAAACCACGAUGUUAUUAUUUAGGGAUUGAGACGAGACGUUUUUACGCCCUCGUUUCUUGCGACAUGCGGUCUCGCCGCUCGCGUGCUUAGGUUUCGCGUGCAGUAACUUUGCAAAGAAAAAUAAGAGACUGCUCGCAGUCUACCCAGCCUCGAAAACAAACCGCAGACUGGAUAGCCUGAGUAUCAGGCGUUUCUGGGGAAAAGGGGAAAGAUGGAAGCGAAAAAGGGAGAGAGCUGAAGGAGAGAAACUUUCCCUUUCUCUUCUCCCCCUCCCCCUCCCCCCUCCCCCAUCUAAAAUCUCCUUCUCUCCUAGCCCCUUAGGAAGGCCUGAUACUCAGGCUACAGACUGGAUUUCCGCCACUCUCUUGGGUCCGUUCUUGUUUCCCAGGGGAACAAACAAACUAGAGCACUGAUCUUACUAACAGUUCAUUUAUUCUUUUUGUUAGGCAAGUUCAUUAUUUCUGCUGGUAGGUACACGGAAAUAGCUGAUGACGGCCCUGGUUUCAGGUUUAUCUGUUCAAACUGCAGCAGGAACAGUGGUGUCCCAGAAACGCACAACUCAGGAAUCUUUCUUCUAGAGCUCUCAACAACGACGAAAAAGUGGCGAAUUCAUCUCGACACUAUACCGCGUUGGUGGUUUCAUUUUGCGUUCACGUGGAGCCCAAACCAAGGGCUCAAAUACUACAAAAACGGCAAGUUUGUCCUGGGAAAGAAAAACCCCGAAAGGUUUAUGGUUGCUACUGACACAAACAUUGCCAAAAUGAUCACUAUUGGUCUUCCGAAUUCACUAAAGGCUAUGUCAAGAAAAAACAGUCGUGGCAAGUUCAGCUUGGGACAUCUGGUUAUUUGGACUCACGAAGUGUCAAAAUAUGAUAUGGAGAUCGCAUUCUUAUCUGUCCUAACAACAGGAAUCAAGUCGGUGGUCUGCUGCCAACAAUUAAGAGGUGAUGAUAAUAAUAAUUAGUUCCAAUUAUACAUUAUGGUCGGCAAAAUGCAACGCGGUUCAGUUUCUUGUCUUAGGCGAAAAAUGACCUUGAAAGGACGUGCAAGGGGGAAAAAGGCAGUCUAUAUUCUCGAUUUCUUCUCUGUAAGAAAGAGAUACAGAAGUCCUCUUUCGUCGAAAGCAAAGAUAACGAUGUUGUUGCAGAUUGGCAAAUGAGUAAAACUGCUAGACUUGGACGCUGAGUAAAGCGUAAAAUAAAAUAUUUAGAAUCUUUCUUCCCGUUUGCCAAUUUCAGUUAUAAUCUCAAGCAUAAGUAAGGUAAGCUCGUUCUACCAGAAUUCACUUCGUAUUUGCUUUCUCACUUAAAUUUGUCAAUACAACCGAGGUUUAAAAAAACAAAAGCCCUAAAGCCCAAACAAAAGCCCUAAGCGAGAAAACAACAAAAUGAAGGAUUUUGGUAAUUAGGUAAGAUAAGGUAAGAUAAAGAAAAUAAAACUGAAUGCAGGGCUGGCACUAUAGCCUCCCAUGCAGGCGUUUUUAGGGGAGCUCGUUUUUGUGGGGAGGGAUGGAAAACCGUGAGCUCCCCUAUAAACUCCUGCUUGGGAGGUUACUGGCACUACGGCAAAGGGCUGAUUUGUUAUAGGCCAAUAGAAGAUAAAGACCUCAUUUAAAGAGGGUGUAACACUUAAUGGCUAUAGCUAAUAAACUUGUGGCCUUCUAAAAUACUAAAGAAAUUAAUUAAUGGAUAAUACUAAACUGUAUAGAGUGAUUUUACUUGAACCGCGAGACAGAUGCUAACAAAUAGUGAAAAAUAGCCAGAGGUAUAAAACAAAAGAAGAUAAUGGAAUUAGUGCGUAAUAGUGCGUAAUAUUCUACUACCUAUUACACGGGUCAAGUAAAAUCACUCUAAAAUACACGAUAUAACUACAUAAUUUAAAUAGAUAAUACUAAGCUAUAAGAAAUUACAAGUAAAUGACGUCGUCAUUCAAUUGCCCUUUUAUUCAGAGGACCCGUGCGUCCGUAAUCCGUGUCAUGACGGUGCCACGUGUCAGCGGAUGGACACGGGAGACAAAUACCAAUGCAUCUGCCCAGACACAGUCGACCAUAACGUGGGACGCUGUUCCGGAGGUAAGCCUAAAAUGUUCUUACGUGUAGCAUCAUACAUUAGCUUAUGUAACAAUACCUGAACAAUGUUUACGGGGACAAUCUCUGACGUUUACAUAAUUAGGAUGGCUAAGAAUUCAUAACCGUUACCACAGAAAAAUAACAUACAUAUGAUAAAUAUCUCUCUAAACAAAUACUGACAUUAGAAAGAAUCUUUGAUUUAUACCUUUUCUUCCUGGGUAUAUGGUCUUUCCAUCUAAUGAAAAUCGAUUAGCAGUAUAAUAGUAUCUAUUAUCAGAAUCGCAGAAUUGAAGAAUUCACUCCUCCCUGUCCUAUUCUGUCAAUGUAUAAGCCUGUUGUGAGAGCAUUUUUGAUGACAAAUAAAUUUUGUCAUUUUUGUAUUUAACUGGUGCUUUUGGAAAGAAAGAUCUUUGUUGAUUAUAUAAAAAAGACUUGUAUCUGCAAUAAAGGUGAAAGUUCAAGCACAAUAUUUUGAUUGUUACUUAACUUAGUGCUCCUGAACUUGGUUUGAUUAUAGAGGAAAAGUUUGCUGAGCAUUGUGAAGACAAGUCGGAUCAGUGUGAGAAGUUAGCGAGUCAAGAAGGUUUUUGUGAUUACCGCUGGAGGCGUAUGAAAAAAAUUUGCCCAAAGGCCUGCAAACUUUGCGGUAAGUGAUAUACUUAAUAUUCCAGCUAAUUUAUAAGCACUGCUGAGGUACCUCUGUGAGGAUAACACUAAUACCUUCUCUUACUUUUCUUACCUCUACUAUAUUUCUGCUUCUUUGCUACUACUACUACUCCUACUCCUACUCCUACUCCUACUCCUACUCCUACUCCUACUCCUACUCCUACUCCUACUCCUACUCCUACUCCUGCUCCUACUCCUACUCCUACUCCUCGAGUCGCAUGUCUCAUGGUAAAUAUGAUGUUGAAUUGCUUAUUGUGAAAAAAACUCUUGGUUUUCAUUGCAAGGCAAGCAACGACGCAAACCUAACUAGAUUCUAAUUAGAAAACCAGGUAAACAUUAUUGAAAAUUUUGAGAAACGUUCUCUCUGGCUUGAUAGGGAAACGUUUGAAAAAGUAACAAAUAAAUAUCUACCGUAAAAGCCGUCUGCACCGCAAUAUAGGGAUUUAUCAAAGGUGAAGUGCUUUCCUUAAGUUCAAAGGAGAGACAUACGAAACAGCUGAGAAUAUCAGUACGAGUAGAGACACUAAUUACGGUUGUAAUAUGUGUCAGUGAAGUGAACAAUUGCUCAUGGGUAACAUAUUCUCAAUCCGAGGACUGUGGGCUAUAACUUUUCCAUUUGUUUUCUCAGGUCAGUAUUUCAUAUUCGUAUCAGCUUUCAGAAUACUAAUAAGCUUUUCCCUCUGAACAUGCUCCAACACAUUUCAUUUCCAUUUCAUUUAGAAAGUGGUAAAAUAAGAUACCAACGCAAUGAAGCGUUUGAAAGUUUUUAUUUCUUUUUUUCUUUUUCAUAAUGGCUACGUACUGUUUGUUUCGUUUUAAGCAAUUGCGUGCCUUCAUUAUCGCCUCCAUAUCAAGCCAGGGACGGCGUUACUCACCUCACUCCCCUAAAAUCGUUUUGUCACAAAUAUAAUCUGUUUACAUACAUCACGCUCAUACGUCGGCAUACAUUCCUCUUUUUUUCUAUUUUUCUUAAACAAUUUUAGUCAUGAUUUUUUGCUUUGUUUUAUCCUAUGUUUUACAUUUGUUUGCACUUAUGCCGUUCGUCACUACAUUUGUAAGCUCUGUUGCUUCAGUUUUUGUUUGUCCUGCCUGAUCUUUUUGGCUUAAAAACGCUUUAGUAGUGAUUUGAUGAUUUUGAAAUAAUCCAUUCACAUUUCCGUCUUUUAUGAUGAGUCUGUAGCCCUUAGUUACGUACCUUCUUUGUGACUGCGUUUUGAAUCUUCACCACUGCGCGCCUGCGCACUUUGGCCUGUGUUUAUUUCCAAUAUCCUCAUGUGCACCUGGAACUCAGCUUUUCUCAGCUUCCUUCUUCCUUCUUUUUUUAUUCUCAUUGCGCUUUUCCCCUUUAUCAGUAAGCUACCCAUACGGUCCUUACUGAUUUAUUUCGGGUACACUACAGAAUGAACGUGAUCAGCACUUUAUGUGUGAGGUCAUUUUCGUCUGCUUGCUCGUCUGGUUGCUUUUUGACUUCUGACAUCGCUUUCAUCUUCCAACUUUGUGCUCUUGUUUUCAAGUUUAUCCAAAUUCUUCGCAACUUGUUCUCUCAGCAAUCAGCAGUUUUCCAAUAUCUCUUUAGUAUCGACGGCGACACAGUUUGCCAAUACUGAACUCGGCAUUUUCCGUUCGGCAUAGUGUAAGUGAAGAGAAAAGAUGGAAGGAUCAUGUUGAGACACUUCUGAGCGAGAACAAAAGUCUCGGGGAUGAUCGAUUGAUAAGUUUAACUGAGUUUUUUUUUUCAAUUCUACUACUGAUCCUUUUCAGUCGCUGAAAAAUCGAGCAAAAGUUGAAAAUAGCCUUUGGCCAUCUUGGAGUUUUAUUUCCACUUGGAGAAAUCACUGACGUCAUUACUAACUCGCGUUUUUGUUAUAUGUAGUAAGUUCUUCAUACGCUAAGUAGAUUGUGAUAGAUAUAAUAGUGAAUUUAAAAGUUGCUUGUUAUAAAAGAUGAUAGUCCGAAGGUGUAGAAACUUUACUUUGUCAGCAAGAGGUUGCCGUAAAAUUCUCAGGGAAGCUAACGAACAGUGUUUCAAUUUGUCGAAAUCAACUUUCUUUUAGAUAAGAAAAAAAUUAGCUACACUGAAAUUCAAUUACACAUCAAGAGUCCUUCUUGACUUAUUAACCUCCAGUUAUUAUCGAUUUAUGACAAAUAUAUUUUACUGUUCUAAUCGUGUAGUCUUUUCUAUUAGAGUCAAGCCACAUUAAAUUAACGCUGAUAAAACGAGUCAAUUGGAUUUUCCUAUUACGCUUAAAUUUUGCAUUGACUUAAUUGAAGAGGGUUUCAAAAAGCGACAGUGCUUUUGACAAGGCGUUCUCGUAUUUUGAGUUAUUUUACUUUGCAUGAAAUAAUUUUCUUCUUUUCUUAAUUUGACACCAGCAUCCUCCUACUCUGAAGAUUUUUUAACAUUAAUUUGUGAAUAUUGAAAUCUAUAAAAAGACUUAAUUUCCUCAAUGCCUUAACAGAUUUAAUUUUACAAUUAAACAAAAUUAGUGAAAAAAAUCUACUUAAAUAUUGGUAUUCUACAAUGUACUGGUUUUCGUUAAUCGUUUUUUGUUUUGCUUUUAAAAAGUUGAUUGUUAUGUUUUCUCUUAACUCUUUUUUUUUUCUUUUUUCCUUUGAACGUGGAAUUUUGUUAUGACUAAAUCAAAAAUUUAAUACAUCGCCACUGUUGCCGCCUUACUGUCUAUUAUUCUUUGCAGAAUGUUUAAGUUUUCAAGUGUGAUAUCGAAAACCCAUACAGUCAGUUGUUAUUCCAUUUAAGAUUUUAAAAUAAGUUUAAAGAUUCACUGUGGCAGUUUGUUUACUGCUGAAGUCACUCUUCUAAACAGUUGCGACCGUUCGUAUCAAGGUUGUUUAAUGCUAUUAUAAUACUUAUUCCUUAUUUUAAUGAAUUUCCGACAAUAUGCAAACGUUGCUUUUGACGCAAAGAAGGUAAAGGGAGAACAGAGCAACGUUUGUAUCUGUAUCUUCCUACUUAGUUCCAGCCUGCCAUCCGUUGUUCUGCUGUUCACUUCUCGUUUCCCUAAAAAAAAAAAGUUAUUUUCAAACCAUGUAUUUUAUAGCAGAGGAAUAACCAACUGCAUAAUUUUCUUUCAGCCCUGGUGCUUCGAUGAAUUUUUUGGAAAAUGUUGGAUAAUGUUAACCAGAUAAGAAGCACUUCCCUAAAUGACUAAACUAAAGAGCGUAGGCACAAACUGAGUCGUAAAAACACGGGACAAUAUGAUUAAUAGUAGGCAGGAAAGAUAUUUGGGUGCCAUUAAUUUAACUUGUCGCAGUUAAGGAUUUCACCCACACAUCCAAACAAGGCUUAACAUGGCUGAAUAACUUUCUAUACAACCGAUGAUAGAAAAAAGAACCCCUCAACAGCAAUCGCGGUGGUCACACUUUAGCAACCCGUAAAGAAAGAACCUUCAUUCACAUCAUAAUAAACACCAGAAUAAAUCGAUUAUCAAUAACUUACAUUAAUAUAAUUGCUACAUUUACUUGGAAUAUUAGUGACGCAUGUAAAUUUCGCGACCUUCGCAUAAUAUUCUGAUUCUUGCUGUGUAAAAAAAAAGGAGAAUUUCUGAUAUUCUUAGUUUAUCUUGCAAAUAAUUAUAAAACAGAAAAAUGAAAGAUGUUUUAAGAAGGAAAAUUGAAAGCAUUGAAUAAUUCGUCGUGUAAAUGUAUUCACAGUUAGUUCUCUUGAUUUCUUAAUUUGCACUGCGCGCUGGAGGGAAAAAUUGGUUUCAUGCAGUUAGUUUCCUUUUAAUAUUCAAUAGACAUUUGCGUCGUUUACAUCUACCAAUACGCCGACAAUGGCUUGAGACGGAAAAAAAUGUGCUGAUAUUGAAGAAAUUGGUUUUAAUUAGGGCGAAAAGGGACAAAACUAUGAAGAUGUAUUUUUAAAAGGAUUUAAAUGAGGAGAGAAUCAAACAAAAUUGACUUUCCCCCAUGUUAUCUUGAAAACGAAUUUCCUAUUAGAAUUUUCGUAUUUGUUACUUUUCAAAAUACCUUUUAUUCCUGCAGUGCAUGAAACUGGUCCGCACAUUUAAGAUAACAAGCCACUCUUUGCACUUCGACAGAAAAUGCGGAAAACAAAGUAAAAAAAAAACCUGAAUAUUUAAUAAAACGAGUAAUCAUUACUUUUUGAACAUUAAAUAUUCGCCUGUAUAUUUGCACUAUAUUCAAUAUGAGCGGUUUUCUUGUUUGGCAGAAUAAUUCUUUUAUCUUUGUAGCAAUCGCCAUUAAGGUUGUUAUUGGAGGUAAAAAAAGAAGUGGAAUUGUAAUUCACAAAGCCACCAGUCAAAAUAUAAAAUUACAGCGAAUUUAAAACCGAAUUGCAAUCAAGGAAAUGCAAUGUCGCUGUACGACGCCACUUCAUUGGACUUGCGUUUAUUGCCACCUGUUCAAAGAAACUGUGUCAAUCAGAAAAUGUUUACUUUUGAGUCUGUGUGAACAAGCUACCAGCGGAUAUUUUAUUGGUAGUUUUCUUGCGCUGGGACGAACGCAUUGUUGUCAUCAUCGCCAGGAAAAAGUGCAAGUUAUAUGGCACUGUGGAGUAUGAAAAGUGACUUGGGACAAAUUCGUCAUAAACAAUAGCUUUGACUGAUUCUCAAAAUCGGUCGGCGUAUUUUUCAAGUAUGCUACCCUCGAAAAUUGAAUUUCACUCCGACUUUUAAGCGUGAGAAAUUGCACGAAUGUAUCAUCUGUGUUCUCUCUAUUUUCUUGCUCUGUUGAAUAUCUCGAUUUGUGAAUCUUUUAGCUUAUAUUCUUCAAGUAAUUCUUCCUCAGUUAUUUCACCACUCCGGGCUACAUUACUGACGUACACGCCACAUCUCAGUGGCGCAACUUACGGACAAAAUCUUCGUCCUUCACAUGAGCAGUUUUUACAGAACUUUUCAUUGGAAACGACCCCCAAUUCCGUUAACGAUGAAUUUCUUUCUAAAUUUGGUGUAUAUACAGGAAAGGAACAGACGCCCGUAAGCAAAACAGAUUUGUUAGUCUCCUCAAGCCGUAAAGUGGAAGCUCAAAUCGCCCACGAAACACAAAGAAGUCGGCACUCUGUUGGGAAGACACUUCAAAAUGAAAACCGCGGAGCUGAAAGUACAAAUAGAAGUGGAUUGACGAGACCUAUGCAAAACAAAAUGAUUAAAACAGGCUCUGUACAACUCGACACAAUAACAGCGCAAGAAUUUCUUAGUACAUUCCCUCGAACCGGAUCGAUGAGCACUCGGGAAAGGUUUCAAAAUUACAGGUUUUCCGCGGGUUCUUUGGUCCAACCUAACAUGGCCAUGUCAACGACGAACAGCUUUAUCAUUUUGUCGCCUUCAUCCAUGGUACCCAAAAGAUACUCGAGUGCUACAAGAACGCGCCAUUUUUCAGUUUUGUCUUCUCAUGAAAAAUUUACUGGGUCCUCAUUGCUUUUAUCAAAUAAUUUAGUAAGUACUCAUAAUCUAUCGCCAGGGGCUGAGAGCAGUAAAUCAUCAUCCUUGUUGUCGCAUUAUUCUUCAGGUGUUUCAUCCGCGCAAGCACGACAAGUGUCCACCAGUCAGCGCACUACCCAUGUCUCAUCAAUUGUUACAAGUUCUGCCAUUAAUCAAGUCACAUCAUCUUUUAUCAGUCCAGCCACCAAUCGGAUUUCACCAUUGCAACCAAGCUCCAUCAUAUCUAGAACACCGACAACACAAUCAUUCUCAAGUAGUUUGAUUGUUAAAUCUAGCGUAAAAUCAGCCUGGUCAAAAACAUAUCUUCACCUCACCAAAGCAAUUACCUCAAGCUAUUUAAUCCACACCGCUUCCGUACAGCCGUUAUUGUCGUCUGUGGUUCCUACGCACGAGGAAACCUCUUUAACUUGCAGAGUAAACAACACGAUGUGUCUUUGCUUUAACUGUGACGAAGCACCUAAAAGUGCAAAGAUAUGUUGCAUGGAUCUCAUUGAGAAUAAAAUUACCCAGCAGGGAAUAAAAAUGACGGUCAAAAAUAUUAGUGUUCAGGAGUUUUAUCAUAUAAUCACGGCUGUUUCUAGGGUUAUAGCAGAUAUUGUUUGGAAUUCUUGUCGCACAAAUGUUAGUCUUUGCCUUACGGGUGAAUCCUCACCUGGUGCUGGAAGUGUUCGUAGGAGGCGUUCACUACGUGAACAAAACAUUCAAAGCAAACCAACAUCAGAUAGAAUAAGAACCAAAAGGGAAGCACUUCAGCCUACUGUUAGCCCUUCUUCGCCGAAUAUUUUCAGCGUUGAGGCAAUAUUUUACAGUCUUUCCCUCCAGGUCGGUACUUCGCCUGGGGUGCAAACGGCUUUUUACGUGAUAAUGAAGUUAUAUAGUAAUGGAACCAAUCAAACUAUAUUGUUGGAUGGCAAAAGGCUGUUGAAGAUUCUCACCAAUGAGACCCACACUCUUGAAAGUAAAUUAAAUAUAUCAAUUGAAUCAUUUACAGCGACGCAUCAGUCAUCUAAGCUUGCUACCACAAGUUCACUUCCCGCUACUUUAUCGCCUAAUUCGUCUCAGGGAAGCCAGAAUAUACAGAUGACGACCUUGUUUACCGAUGAAGGUAGGCAUUUGUAAACAGACGCACUAAGUACCUAUACAGUAGACUCCGGCUACCUUUCCAUAUCUGCAUUAGAAUACUCCAGUGAAUUUUGCUACCCGGCACUUUCUUCAGAUCCUAUCGACGACACUGCAGUAAAGAAGCUUAGUACUGCCUUUUUGAAAUUGUUUUUUUUUCCUAACUGCUUGUCUUUACACUGUUGUAAACUUCUUACCUCAGAUACAAAAGACUCCCGCCUUCUUGAACAAUUUUCUCCUUCCAUUCUUGAGUGUUCCAGAUAGUGGGAGUCUACUGUAUAAACUCAGUUGUCACUACUGACCUUUUGCCUCAUAUUCUCAUUUUUGUCCAUGCCUGGCCUCCACCUCUCUCGCACAUGUUAAGCCCAUUUUUGUAUGUGACUUUUUACUGACGUUAUUCGCCACAAUUCCUGAUUUCUUCGUCUUCUUUUAUUUAUAUUUCCUAUUAACACAGGAAUCAGUCACUAAUGUAAUUGAUUCAUCAAACAAUUAGAAAAUCAGUUGAGGAGGGUUCAGUAUCUGACUCCCACUCAUAGAUAAUGGGAUGUUGCUAAAACGGGGAGUGGGGAGCGGAGAACGAGUACGGGAAGGGGUAAACGAUUAAUGGCAACAAAACCCUAUUUCAACCCUAGGCGGCCCUAUUAGUAACUUCAUUUCCAAUUCUCUACUUUGUUCCGUUUUUUUUUUUCCCAUUUCCUAUGCUCGUUCCUUUCUCCCCGUUCCCCGUUUUAGUAACUUCGGGUAAUGAGUAUUUGUCCUACCGAUCCAGUAAGCUAUGUCUUAGAGAGUACGUGCGCCCAGAAAUGCACGCAGCGACGAAAUUUAAUACAAUUUGUACGGCCGUGCUUUAUAAAAAAAUCUCGAAUACUCUGAACAAGCUCCAGGCUCCAGAAGAUUAAGGGGAAACAGGAAAAGCUCACAUUUCUAAAUUUCCAAGUUUUGGAACAACUGUGUGAGGUACCGACGGAUAAUAAUACGAAGUACAUCAUACAUUUGGCAAAUUUUGCAUUUCCUUAAUUCUAGAAGAGUUGUCGCAGUUCAUCAUAAAUUAUAAGUUUAAAAUUUAAAAUUCUUUCCAUCGUGCCUUUCUAGACAACGUUCAAGGUACUCAUUGUUGCAUUGUUGCCUUAGUAAUAACCUCUUUAGUAUUGGAAAUGAAGAUAAAUUUUAAUAUGCAACAACUUCAUUCUUUCACAUUUUAAGCAUGUAGUACUUGAUAGCCAUAUAGUUUGCUUGACUAAUCUUUCUUAUGUUGUAUAUUAUGUAUUUUUUUUCUCUCUUACAGCAACGACUGCUCCUCCUGUACGCGGCAAAUUGGAGGAUGAGGACGGUAAAGGACUAUCUCAGGAAUUACUCAUCCUCAUAAUAUGCGCGGGAAUUGGUGGAUUGAUUCUAAUUAGCAUUGUAAUGGCUUGUGUGUUUACGCGUUUCUACAGGUGGGAAUGAAAUUAAGUUAUAGUCCUGUGUAGGAGAAAUUUAUUCAUUUGUACACUGAUUCUUUCGUCAUUGCAUCACUCAUGUGUCAAAACUAUGGGACAGAUCGUGUCAUUAAGCGUGCCUGCAGGCGUGGAAGGGAAGGAGGAGGGAGUGGUAGGAAAAAGUGGGAGGGGAAGGAUUACGCAGGGUACUACUCCUUUUAAAAUGCCGUUUCUUCAGACCUAAGAGUAAUAGUUAAUAAAACACAUAGCUAUUUGCUUCUCGAAGAACAUAACUGUCAUGUAUUACAUGAGGUAGUGAGCGCGAUACAUUUCUUUAGACGUACACUAGUAAAGAGAGACGUAAAGAGAGCAUUUAUACGAGCAUGUCUUAUCUAAUAAGACGCGUCUUAGCUAAGCCGCGUCUUAUUUUAGACGAAAUGUGCCGUUUAUACGGAAAGUUCGCGUCUUAUUUAAGACGUGUCUUAUGUAAGACGCGUCUUAUUUUUCCUCGUAUAAAUGGCCCAAUUGUUGACCAACUAAAAUUCAUUAGUAGUAGUUUCAUGACUAGUAAUCCUCUAAAUUGUGUACAAAGAGGAUUAGACAAUCACACCGCACAGUGAAUUUGUGGUGUCCGAGCUUUUAUCUUUAUUUUUGCCUUCCCUUACUACUUUUGAAGGAAACCACUAAAUGGACUAACGUCCCGUUCACGAUAUGUUUCAUGGGAAAUUGACAAUAUCCCUUGCUGCUUUAUGAAAGAGAAACCGGGAAAAGCUGCGUCGCGUGAGCCCGAUGGCUCGAAGUGCGCCUUUAUCUUUUUUAUUCCAACAGAUAUGUGUCUGAUACAAAGCUAUCGACAUGUUUUUUUUUACUUAGACAAAGGAAGGGUGAGUUUGUUCCAGAUAAAACCUAUCCUAGUCCUCCCAACAACAAACACAAUGGCGAUGCAGGUGGGGAAGAUUUAGAAAACAUUGAUACGUUCAUAGAUCCGUCAACGCAGAUCACUGAUGUCCCUCACAAACCAACAAGAGGAUCAGCUGGAGGUUCGGCGGGCGGUCCAAAAAAGCAGAGAAAACCCAUGGGAGUCAAAGUUACUUACAAACCACCGGAAUGGGACUAAAUAUGUAACAAAGGAUACCCGUGCAAUAGGUAUAUUGUUUCCAUAUUUGAGCGCUAUCUUCCGACAAAAAGGUUGAAUGUACCCUUUAUGCCAUUCAGUGUUUUGCACGGCCGUUUCUUCUAAAACGUUCGUACUUGUUUAUAUCCUUCUUAUCAUGAAAAGUAUUCAAAAAUCAAAGGAAGUGUUUUUAUAAAACGAAGUAAAAGGGACGUUUUCGCGAUAGAAGUGUCUCAUAGCAUCCUUUACAUUGGAGCUGAGCCUAUCCCAGAUAACUGCCCUCGGAAAGUUGUUAGUCCGACUAUAGUAUAACCCCAAAGAUAAAUUCUCGAAGGUCUCUCCUUUUCAACUAUUACAAAGUUCAUUACAAAGUUGCUCGUGACGUUGAAUUUUAGGUUUUCCUUCAACCAAGCCAAACUUGCAGGUACCCUAGAUUUAGUUUUGCCCACGAAGCGGUUAUGGGGCCUCUAAGCAUUCUAACAACAGUCACUAACUAAGGUAAAAAAAUAACUUGUUUGUAUUACUUAAUUCUUCUUUUCAUUUCCGUUUUGUUUUGUUUUUUUUCUUGUCUGUCUUUUUUGUAGAAAGGACCUCCGUAAUACUUGCCGAGAACACGUGGAAAAGAAAAACCGUAUUUUGUAUAAUGUGGUCAAACGAACAUUUCACAAACAGACAGCGACAUAAAAAAAAAAAACCGAAAAAUCAUCAAUUUACAGUUGGGACUCAACAGGAAAAACACAUUCAACGCUGUGCGGAAUCAGCGCCAAACACAGUUGCCAUGACAACGUUAUAAGGAAGGACAAUUUUGGAAGGAUUUUAAUUCAAUGCUGAGUAUUGGAGACAAUUUGGUUUUAAAGACGAAAUCCGGAAACUGUUUAAAAGAAGCAUGAAUAACCAUAGAAAUGUACCAAUUUGAAUACAGGCUGACCUUUUAGAGUUAAGGCAGAAUUUGCUGUCUAAACAAUAGAUCAAAAUUGUGUUGGUUUACCCUGACCCCGAUGAACACAUGAAGGCUUGAGUGCAGCGAGGCAAAGAAGUUCCACUGUUCUCUUUUGAAAUAUGCCAAGUGAGUUUCUUACAAGGGUACGCUAAAGAAUUUCGAUAUCGAUUGCUUUUAUGAAACAACUUUUAUUUAAAAAACAAUUUCCUUUUUCGGGCAAAGUUUUCUAUGAGUUUACUGGUAUAUUAUAAUAUAAUAAGCGAUAGGUUUUUUGACCAAUCUGAACACGCCUAUCUAAGUUAUUUUGUUAACUGGAGUUCGCUGCUUGGUAAAGGCCUUAUGAGUGGCCCAUAACACCAGUAGCGCUUUGAAGAAUGCAUAAAAUUUAAGAGGAAGCAAUUGCAAAUGCUAGACAUCAUAAAAGAGUCGGGUAUUUAGAUAGAUAGCUAAAAAGAAUAGAUCGAUACAAAACGCGAAAUACAAUGGAUACUGAUGACGUCCACUCCUGAUGCCCGUUUCACAAAAGUCCCAGUAACUUUUCCCGCCCAAAAUCGAAUAUCCGAAUCAAAAGGGCAGGUCCUAGCAAACAAACCAGUUCAUUAAGAAACGGGCCCCAGGAGGGCUUCUGAACUAGUGCCUAAUUGGUGAAGUGAAUUGGAAAAUAUUUAAUAAAAAUAAUUAACUGGCCUUCAUAAACUGGCGUCUGAUAUAGUUCUCUUAAGCACAUUUACUGUGAAGUAAAACGACGACCUAUAACGCGCUAUAUAAGUAAUUUAUUUUAUUUUCAAAUCAUUUUAUACUUUCAAAGGGUUUUAAAAAGACGGCCUUACUUAUCUGAUUUAAGUGUACACAAAGUAUUGAGGUUGUAAGUUUUGAAAUUCGAGGGUCGCAAACUUUGAGCAAACCUGUGUCUAGUUUCAGGCUUAGUUAAUGAUAAAAAGAUGAUUUAUUUAAGAUGUUAAAUUUUCUAUUAAAAAGGCCUGGGCGAGUCCUACCCAUUAAACAUGUCUAUCCCAACGCGUCCCCCUCCAAUAACGGUUAAACAGCUUUUUCCUGCGCAGGGAAGAUGUGCAAAUUGUAACGCCGUCAACUAGUUUAAAAAGGAAGACACCC